AUCUAACGGUCACCAAUUCUUCAUGAAAGGAUGUGACAUCACAGAUGGAGCAUUUUAACUUCAGUUGAUCUGCUGACAGGUCAUUUUCAGAGAUAUGCUAUCGUGACAAUUUAUUUCGAGGGACAUUUGACUUUCAGUAAUUGUUUUCCCAAGUCACACCUUUGCGCUGGCCUUGUGGACCAUUGAAAAUGUUUUGGACUCUGACAAUGGCUUUCGCUCUCAUGGCAGUAGUUGAUCCCUGUCCGGUACCCUGCAAUUGUGAAGAUAUUGACAUCAUAACCUGUUCCCACCAAAAUCUACUGGAGUUCCCUCGUCUGCCUCAGGGAACUAAGGAAUUUUAUGCCACACAUAAUAAAAUACAGGCUCUCCCAAGUGAAGGUUUGGAAGAAUUGUCACUUCUCGAUCUCAGCAAGAAUCGCUUAAAUCUGUCACUGACUUCAGAAGGCAUUUGGCAGAACAUGAGCAAUCUCAGCCAGCUAUUUCUGACAGGAAAUGCACUUAAGAUAUUAAAUCCAAAACAAUUCCAAGGACUAGUGAACCUCAAAGUGUUAGACCUCAGUGACAACUACAUUGAAACUCUUCCUCGAAAGCUCCUUUAUGGUCUGAUCAAACUCAAAGUCCUUAAUCUGAAUUUUAACCACAUAUUCAGUUUAUUUUAUGGGGUUCUGGAGGGUGCUCCUGCCCUUAAGGACCUCCAACUGAAAAGCAAUCAGAUUGAGAUGAUAGAAGUGGAUGUGUUUGAAAACUGCACCAACUUGGCAAAACUCUAUAUGUCACAUAACAAUCUGAAAAAUGUGAGCAAUAAAAUAUUCAGGGGCGCCACAAAUCUGGAUUACCUUGAUUUUAGUCGUAACGGGUUAGUUGCAAUACCUAUCGGUGUCCUCAGCAACAUCCCAAAUCUCACGAGCCUCUACCUUCAGAAAAACCACCUAACUAGUAUUCCUGAUGAUAUUUUCACUGAAAUUCCUGCAUUGCAGCAAUUAGACUUGAGUUAUAAUGCUAUUGUUUCCCUUUCUGGAGCAUCCUUCAGAGGUCUUUCUCAGCUGGGUUCAUUACAUUUGAGUUCCAAUCUGUUACAGUCCCUAACUUCAAAAGUGUUUCAAGAUUUAGGCCAACUCAGCAACCUUAAUUUGUAUCAGAAUAAUCUGACGUCCCUUCCGAGUAAUUUGUUCAACAAUUUAAGCAUAUUAAGUGAGCUCCAGUUGGACAGAAAUAAUAUUUCUGUUAUUCCACCAGAUCUAUUUCACCCACUUUAUAAUCUAAAGGAUCUACAGUUGAAUAACAAUCAUAUCUCUGAGCUCGGCAAAGAUACAUUUAAGACGCUCCGAAAGCUUAACUAUCUUGACCUCAGCAACAAUGUCCUUGAAAGAAUUACAAAGCAUCUCUUCCAAAGGACAAAACAUCUGAAAUAUCUAAAUCUGGAGUACAAUCGUAUCCACUCAAUUUCAAAGUCAUCCUUUCAAAGUCUCAACAGACUACACAUUCUUAAACUCGGCAACAACAAUCUGUCCAUUCUUCAAGUGGAGCUACUGACUAAUCUUAGUAGUUUACGUGAGUUAUGCCUGAAUGACAACCAGAUAGCGACCAUCCCUGUUGGACUUUUUACCGGACUUACAAAUUUGACCAGUCUAGAUUUGUCCAACAAUAAUCUGCAUACCAUGCUCUCUGAUAACUUUAAAAAUCUGAACACGCUGAAAGGGCUUGAUCUGAGCUUCAAUAAACUUGGCACGCUUCCAGACGACCUCUUUAUAUCUUUGCUCAAUCUUCGAAAGCUGCACCUGCAAAACAACCAGCUGACACGCUUGCCCACCAAACUGUUUUCUGUUCUUACCAAUUUGAUAGAGCUCGACCUGGACAAAAACCAGCUCCGUUAUAUUGAUCCGGCACAGUUUGAAAGCUUAGUGAAGUUAAAAGAACUCGACAUUAAAUCUAAUAAUCUGCGUUCAAUGGAAAAUGGGUCACUGAAGCCUUUAAAAAAACUAAAGCAUAUUCAUCUCGAAGGGAAUCUGUGGGAUUGCUCUUGUAAGUCCAUUUUGUAUUUAAGUCAGUGGUUCAAUAAUAAUACUAGGCUGGCGGGAAAGAAAACCAUUAUGUGCUCCUCUGGCAAAGAUCUUUCCUUUCCAGCUCAUUUCCCAUCCUCAUUGUUGCAACAUUGUACAAGUGCUGCCAGUUUCUCUUUACACAUUCAAAAUAUUAAGAAAUUCACAGUAUUCUUAGCGUUCUCCUUGACUUUUGACUUCUUCAUUGUUUAAAUUGCUGUGCUAUGCUAGCUUUCCAUAUAUGUGGCUAAAGUCAGGGCUUGUCUUCAUAUAACGCUUUUUGAUUUAUUGAAUGUAAAUGACGAAUUUGGUCCCAAAAUGAGAUAACUCAGUUUAAAAAAUCUAAAAUCAUGUAUUUUUAUGUUAUCAUGUUCUCAUUGUGUUUUAUUGUGUUAGUUAGAAAUAAAAAUAAAAAAGGUUUUUGAAAAUGUUUAAGAACAGAGUUAUCUCAUUUUGGAACCAAACUCUUCAAAUGUUGGGCAGAUAUCAGAGAAUCCAUUUACAAUUCAUAACAAUGUAUUUAUAAUGCUGUUAAAUAAAACACAAUUACAAAACCCUUACU